CAGCCUGUAGCCUAGGUUUCCUCACAACAUAUUAAAAUUAAAAAGGUUUUUAUAUUCUCUCUAAAGGUUUAAGCUUUCAGUGUUUCAAGCAGCCAUCACUUCCUCUCUCACCAACCCACCAUCCAGAUCCAGAUCAAAUGGCAUCCAUGGCUCUGCUGCGUUUAUCUCCACUAUCAGGUCAACACCAUGCACUUUCUUUCCCAUCAUCAUCACCACCAUCUAUGCUUCAGAAUCGUUCUCUUUGUCUCACCAACCCAACCCAUUUGCCUAAAAGAUUGCAACUUUUCGCCGGAGGCGACGGUGGAGAUGGGGUUGGAAGGGGCGGCGGCGGCGGAGGUGGAGGUGGAGGUGGAAGUUGGGGUGAUGAUGGAAAAUCCAAAGAUUCAUCUUUUGGGAUUUUGGGUCUCUUUCUGAAUGGAUGGAGAUCAAGGGUUGCUGCUGAUCCACAGUUUCCUUUCAAGGUAUUGAUGGAGGAGUUGGUGGGUGUUAGUGCUUGUGUUUUAGGUGACAUGGCCUCAAGGCCUAAUUUUGGGUUGAAUGAACUUGACUUUGUUUUUUCAACUUUGGUUGUUGGGGCUAUUGUCAAUUUCACCCUCAUGUAUCUCUUGGCACCUACCAUGGCAUCAUCAUCAUCGACCUUACCAUCUAUAUUUGCUUCAUGUCCCCAAAGUCACAUGUUUGAGUCUGGUGCUUAUUCCCUUUUGGAAAGGAUUGGGACCUUGGUGUACAAAGGGGCCAUUUUUUCUGUUGUUGGUUUCGGUGCUGGCCUAGUUGGAACCACAAUUUCAAAUGGUUUGAUCAAGAUGAGGAAGAAAAUGGAUCCAAACUUUGAGACCCCCAACAAGCCUCCACCUACCCUUUUGAAUUCUCUAACUUGGGCUGGACACAUGGGUGUUAGCAGCAAUUUGAGGUACCAAACUCUGAAUGGUAUUGAGUUCAUGUUGGAGAGGAGCCUUAACCCUUUGGCAUUCAAGUCCUCAGUGUUGGUGUUGAGAUGUGUGAACAAUGUUCUUGGUGGAAUGUCCUUUGUGAUGUUGGCAAGGUUAACUGGGGCACAAAGUGUUGGAGAACAGAAGGAGAAAGAGGUUGGUUUGAUUGCUGAAAAGGAGAAGGCGGACACAGAAGGGGAAGAGGGGUUUAAUAAUCAGUCAACAACACCAUCAAAGUGAUUGCAUCACACAAUUUGGCUUGUUUUCAGAGAGGUUUGUCUUUUACUUUGAUCAUCAAGGUUGGUGGAGUGGGAGGGUUGAGGUCUUUGGUUUUAUGAAUUUUGUGUCAUAUAAACUUUGGCAGCACCAAAUAAGAAAGAAGGUGUAGAUUGAGACCUUGUUUCUGGCAUUUGCUGCUUGUUAUGUCGCUGAAACCUGCUACCUGAAACAACAAUAACAUGCCAAAUUAAUGUGGCCAUGUAUUGGACCCCCCCUCCUUCAGAAACGAGAGUAUUUUAGUCAUGUAGAUGUUUUUAUUUUUGUUCUUUUUCUCAAUUAGCAGGCUUUUGUUGUCCUUUUCUAGAGCCCCUAUCAUUGUAAAAGUCUCACUAAUCUAGUUUGGAGUAUUGGCUAAAUAAAAUCAGGAGCAUGAUAAUAAUGAUGUUAAU